AGUGUAUUGUAUUGUAGAUAGUGUAGUGCAGUAUAGUGUAUUGUAUUAUAAUGUAUUGUAUUGUAGUGCAGUAUAUUGCAGUUUUGUGGUGUAUUGUAGGGUAUUGUAGUGCAGUAUAGUGUAUAGUGUAUUGUAGUGUAGUGUUUUGGUGUGUAGUGUAUUAUAGUACAGUAUAGCGUAGUGUAUAGCAGUCCAGUAUAAUGUGGUGUAUUAUAUUGUAGUGCAGUGUGGUGUGUUGUAGUGUAGUUUAGGAUAUUGUAGUUCAGUAUGGUAUAGUGUAUUGUAGUGAAGUUUAUUGCAGUAUAGUGUGUAGUAUUGUAGUUCGGGUAUGGGAAUAAAGUUAACAGAGAGUUGGGUGGGAACAUUAGAGACACAUGGGGCUUCUACAUGUUAGCAGAUGUGUGUGUGUGUGUGUGUGUGUGUGUGUGUGUGUGUGUGUGUGUGUGCGUGAGUGUGUGUAAAAGUGAAACGGAGCCAAGACGGACACAAACAGACAACUCCUCUGACCCACCCUCUCCUUAUGGGCCAGGCCGUUUGGCCAUUACACAGACAAGAUCAGCAGCACGAAGGAAGUGGGAUUUGUUGGGGGAAAAGACGUCUGGGAAAAAGGGAGGGAAGAAGAAAGAUGGGAAUUCGGGAGCACGGCGCUAGGAGUGAAGAUAAACACGGUGGGAGUGUUCUGCUCAGACGGCAGAGAUGGUAAAAAAAAAGAAAAGAAGACAUUUUCCAUGUUGGUAUUUUUUCUGAAAGCUCCAGCUGAGCCUGACUUGGUGUAGGCUGGGUCUAAGUACACACACACACACACACACACACUUGAGGAGUGGAAGAAAGUCCUGGAGGAAGUAGUCGGGCAGCGAUGGGCCGUGAGCAUGGAGGCGACCAUUGACGUCUACAAGCACUUCUCCUGGCUUAGAAAGGUCAGCUUGUGUUCUCCUGCCAGUCAUGAAAGCUACCAAGAGAGACUCCUUCGUCUAGAGGAGGACAAGGAGUGCCUGGUCUUACAGGUGAGCGUCCUGACUGACCAAGUGGAGGCCCAAGGUGAGAAGAUCAGAGAUCUGGAAAGCUCCUUGGAGGAGCACAGGCAGAAACUAGCCUCCACCGAGGAGAUGCUUCAACAGGAGCUGGUGAGCCGGACCUCUUUGGAGACUCAGAAGUUGGACCUGAUGGAUGAGGUCUCCUACCUCAAACUGAAGUUAAUCAGCAUGGAGGACACACACGACACACAUGGGGAAGAUGCAAUGGAGAAAAAGCAGAAUAAAGCGGAGUUGGUGGUAAAUCUCAUCAGUGAGCUCCAGGAGCAGAUGUGUCGCUUCCAGGAGGAGAUCAGCACUCGCAUUGAAGAGAAGCGGACGCAGGAAGAACGAGAGGGUGGGCUCCCGUCCGACCGCUCCCGGGGGCGGCACGACCCUCAGGGGAGCUUGAGCUGUGCCGAGCCGAUGCCCAAUGGAGGACUGGCUGCAAAUGAUUUGUUAGAAGAAGUCAAGCAGCUGAAGAACAAAGUGGAAGAGCUGGAGGUGCAGAAGGGACGCUAUGAGAGGCAACUUGGAACCACCAAGGCUGAAAUGUCCCAAAUGCAACACAUCCUGGCCUCCAAAGAUGCCGAGAUUGAACGCCUGCAGACGCAACUCGUGUCCAGCUCGGCCAAUGAGAACGCAGAGAGAGACCAGGAAUACCAGAGACUGAAGGUGGGAAUGGAGUCUCUGUUAGCGUCCAACGAUGACAAGACUCGCCGCAUAGAGGACCUGACGCGUCUGCUCGGCCAGUACAGGAAGAUGAGCGAGUUGGCGGCGCUUGUACGCGGAAGUAGCGAAGAGGAGCUGAGCGCCGUGAAAGUCGGAGCCGUCACACGCAAAACGUACUCUGAUGUCUUCAGGUCGGAGACGUCAUCCAGAGGAUCUUCUCCGCUUCCGUUGUCCUCAUCGCCUUUCAGGAGAGACCUGGAAUCCUGUUUUCAGAACUCGAGAUCCCUCCUCUCUCCUGGAGACAGCAGCUUGUUGGACGGAUCAUGGCAUCAACGCAGGUUGCAGUCCAGCAGUCUGGAGGAGCUGCAGAGCAGAUCUUUACAGAAGAAUCCUCACGUGGAGCUGAGCAGGUACCGGACUCUUCCAGGGAAGCUGAGGUGGAAAGGGGAGCCAAGGACCGACCUGCAUGGCGACAGGGAAGAGGAAGACGAAGAGGAUGUUUCUCCUGUGAGGGUCGUCUACAGCCACGACCGCUACGGCUUGAUCAGCUGCAGGAGCGCCAGUGCACCGGCUUUAGGAUCUCCUGCCAAACAUCACCUCUGUCAUCCUGGAUGUUCAGAGGAGACGGCGGAUCCGUCGGACCUGUCGGACCAGUCCCCCCUGUCAUCUGGUCAGGAGUCGUCUUUAUCAGCAGACAACAGGAAGAGUCACAGAGGCAUCAAGAAACUGUGGGGCUUCAUCCGACGCAGUCAGUCGGGUAGCCCGGUCCAGGUACAGGACCCUGAGCUUAGGGACUUCAAGCGGGGAGGCAUCAGAGCCACGGCUGGACCAAGACUGGCGCCUUCACUGAACAUGCGCGACUUGGAGGUCCCUUUUUGCAAGUGGACUGCAGAGCAGACGUGUGUUUGGCUUGAAGAUAUCGGACUGGGCCAGUACGUUGUCCCUGCUGGCCAUUGGCUCACCAGUGGUCAAACCCUCCUGUCGGCCACCCCGCAUGACCUGGAGAAGGAAAUGGGGAUGAAGAACCCGCUGCACAGGAAGAAGCUCCAGCUGGCCAUGAAGACGCUGAGCAGCGGGCAGGAGCAGGCGUCUGCAGAUCUGGAUUACAUCUGGGUCACACGAUGGCUGGAUGACAUCGGGCUUCCUCAGUACAAAGACCAGUUUAGUGAAGCACGAGUGGAUGGACAGAUGCUGGAGUACAUGACUGUGAACGACCUGCUGGUCCUCAAAGUCAGCAGCCAGCUGCAUCAUCUCAGCAUCAAGAGCGCCAUCCACGUCCUCCACCUCAACAAGUUCAACCCGUACUGCCUGAAGCGCCGGCCUAGCGCUCAGAAGCAGCUCAGCCGCAGCGAGGUGGUCCAGUGGUCCAACCACAGAGUCAUGGAGUGGCUGAGAUCCGUGGACCUGGCAGAGUACGCCCCAAACCUCCGAGGCAGUGGAGUCCAUGGAGGACUAAUAAUGCUGGAGCCGGGCUUCAACGCCGACACGCUAGCCUUGCUGCUGAACAUCCCUCCUCACAAAACCCUGCUGAGACGCCACCUCAGCACCAACUUCAGCAGCCUGUUGGGAAGACACGCCCAGCAGGAGAAGCGGCAGUACGCCGAGUCCGCCAAUCACACGCCCCUCAGCAUCACGGCCAAAGUCAAGGCCAAAAAGUUAGUCUUUUCUAACCUGACACACCUGUGGAAAAGGCGGCCGGAAGAAUCCCGGGACUACGUUUGCCCCGUGGAACAGACGCCGGACUGCGCCAACAUCCAGGAUCCACAUCAUUCCGCAGACCGAUUGGGGGCUGAAGGACACCCGCUAGUGGCGAUGGCGCAUCGAUGAACCGAUCAGCCAAUCACCUCCUCCUCCUAAAGCCCGCCCACCGUGUGACCCUGACCACUCAGGACAUGUCAUUGAGUUUCCUAACCAAUACAAGAUGAUAUUCUACUUCAUUGAUACUGCAGUAUUACAUUUAGGAUGUACUGCAAGUAUGGAAGAGAUGAUUAUUUUCUUAUUAGCUGGUAGGAUGCUAGUCCAUGUGGAAAAUGAAGAUGUGAGUACCGACUAAUAAAAAGUGGAUAACGUCA